AAGCCCGGGAGCGCUAGGCAGGUCCGCAGGUCCGCGCAUAAACCCCCGGCCGCCCGCUCGCGUCGCCCGGGUGCGCGCCUGAGGCCGCGCGGUCAUUGGUCCACACGCCGACCUCCGCUAGCGAGCGCCACCGCCCCCUUCCCCGCCCCCUGCCGUCGUCCUGGGCGGUGCGCGUCGCCAGCCUCCGCGCCAGUCGCUGACAGCCGCGGCGCCGUGAUCUUCUUCCUUGCUGCCGAGGCAGGACACCUGAAUAUAUCUGAAAACUGAAUAAUUUCAGCCAAGCCGAAGCAGCCAGUCCUCUCGGAGGCGUAAACCCAGCUCAGCUGAGCCACGACAGAUAUAAACCGUCAUGGUGAAAGGCCACAUAGGCGGCUGGCUCCUGGUUCUGUUUGUGGCCACGUGGAGUGACGUGGGCCUCUGCAAGAAGCGGCCGAAGCCUGGCGGCGGAUGGAACACCGGGGGGAGCCGGUACCCGGGGCAGGGCAGUCCCGGAGGCAACCGCUACCCGCCCCAGGGCGGCGGCUGGGGUCAGCCCCAUGGGGGCGGCUGGGGACAGCCCCACGGGGGCGGCUGGGGUCAGCCCCAUGGGGGCGGCUGGGGACAGCCCCACGGGGGCGGCUGGGGGCAAGGUGGUGGCAGCCAGUGGGGCAAACCCAGUAAGCCGAAAACCAACAUGAAGCACGUGGCCGGAGCCGCGGCGGCGGGGGCGGUAGUGGGGGGCCUCGGCGGCUACAUGCUGGGCAGUGCCAUGAGCAGGCCCAUCAUUCAUUUUGGCAAUGACUACGAGGACCGCUACUAUCGCCAAAACAUGGACCGCUACCCCAACCAAGUGUACUACAGGCCAGUGGAUCAGUACAGCAGCCAGAACAACUUUGUGCACGACUGCGUCAAUAUCACGGUCAGGCAGCACACGGUGACCACCACCACCAAGGGGGAGAACUUCACGGAGACCGACAUGAAGAUAAUGGAGCGCGUAGUGGAGCAGAUGUGCGUCACCCAGUACCAGAAAGAGUCCCAGGCCUACUACCAAAGAGGGGCCAGCGCCAUCCUCUUCUCCCCCCCUCCUGUCAUCCUCCUCAUCUCGCUCCUCAUCUUCCUCAUCGUGGCUUGAGGAGGGCCUUCCCAUCUUCUCCGACAUCUUGGUCUUCUUCCUCUUUUACAGCUUGGGGUGGGGGUGUCUACCUACAGCCCUUUAACGGUAGUGUCUCAUUCCUGCUUCUCUCUCUCACCCCUAGGCUAAUACCCUUGGCACUGAUGGCCCCGGGAAAUGUAGAGCAGACCCAGGAUGCUAUUUAUUGGAGCCCCAUGUGAUUGAGCCCUUCAUGGGCCAGUGCUAGUGCUGGGCUGGGAAUAACAACAAAUAAUCAUUGGUUGAUACAGGGCUUUUUUUUUUUUUUUUUUUUUUGUCUAGCACAGCAGAGUGAGGCUAAAACAAUUCUCAAAACAGCCUUCAGAUACCUUCACCUAUAUAACUCUGGCUCCUUCCCCAGCUCGAGCUCAGUACUCUAAUGCCCUCUCUUAGCAAUGAUUUCAUAGCAACCUGGGACAUUUUUCUCACUCAUUUUAAGAGAACCUGACUGCAUUUCCCUGUUCCAAGAGCAUUUCUGGCAAAUUUGAAAGGAGGCCACAUGAUACUCAUUCAAAAAACAAAACUAGAGAUCCUUACUUAGCUCCUGGGCCCAGGCCCAGCGCGCCAGAGAGCAUUGCCCCUGUGUCUGCACAGAACUGGGACAGCGUCUUGCAUUUUGCAGUGUGGGCUACACAGCAGCUCCUGUUUCAAGCAGCACUAGACCCUGGCGGAGGGGCUUUUCGCAGGGAAUGAACAUAACCAACAAUACGAAAAGACUAAAAUAAAGCCCAACACUUGGGAAAGGCGCCCUUGGAGGCGAGCUCCCAUAUUGCACGUUUAAAGCACACACUCGGGGCAUCCUUGCUUUCAUAACAUAAACUACAGAGAAUUAGGGAAGUAAAAAAUUGAACCACUUUCUGGACCCUGGGGGCAAACCUUUGUUCAUUUACCUGGGAACCAGAACAGUUUUGACAUAGACGAAGGUGCAGUGUGAAAAUUCCGUUCUCCCAGAGCAUUACAUAAUGAGGAAAAUCAUUAGUAGACAAAAGAAGUGCUUGCAUUUCUUCAUUUGGUGUGUCCUACUUGUCAAAAGCCAGAAUUCUGUCAAGUCCUUGUUUCUAGAACCGGCUUUUGAAUCAAAGAAUGGAAGGCCAUCCCCAAAAAGUAUCUUAGGUGGCAGAUGACAGAAAUACCCAUUCAGAGUAGAAACAAGGAAUUCUUUUACUGUUAUUUACAGUAAAAUUAUUGUCUGAAUUGUUCAAUAUUGUCACCUAGCUGAUAAAUGACCAUCCUGCAAUGUUACUGGCUUGCACUGUGCGGGUAUUUGAUGUACAAAAACCGUUAUAUAUAUAUAUAUAUAUAUAUUGUGUAUGACAGACUUAGAAAUUUGGAUUAGAGGAGUUAACAUCUAUCUAAUCUAUCGCACUACCUGUUUUUGUAAGGUACUAAAUAUUUAAUACGUAGAAAACCCUUUCACGUGGUCCUCAGGCUUAUGUGUGCACUGAAUAGUUUUGUAUAAAGAUCCACGGUGGAUCUUUGAAAUAUGCAUGUACUUUAUAUUUUCUAUAUUUGUAACUUAGCAUGUACUUGUAUAAAAAACUGUAUGUGUUCAAUAUCUGGACUAGAAUUAAACAAGCUAAGUGAGCGUG